AUGGCGCAGCCUCGGCAACCGCAGCAGCGGAGCGAGUUGGAUGACAGACGGCGCGCCGACGAGGCGGCGCGGCAGCUGCCGAUUUUGGAGUACGAGGAGGCGAUCCUGAGCGCCGUGGCGGCCUACCCCGUGACCGUCGUCAUCGGCGCCACUGGAUCCGGCAAGAGCACGCAGCUCCCGCAGAUGCUGUACCGCGCGCAGUUGCGCCAAGCGGGGGAGCCACCAGCGGAAGGCGAGAAGACGCGCGGAAUUGGGCCGCGCGCCAUUGCCGUUACGCAACCGCGCAGAGUGGCGGCCGUGUCGGUGGCUAGGCGAGUGGCGGAGGAGCUGGGCGUGGGGCUGGGCGGCGAGGUGGGGUACGUGGUGCGGUUCGAGGACCGCAGCAGUGCCGCCACGCGCAUUGUGUUUCAGACGGACGGGUGCCUGCUGAGGGAGCUGCUGGGCGACCCACUGCUCACGCGCUACUCUGUCAUCGUGCUGGACGAGGCGCACGAACGCAGCCUCAACACGGACAUCCUGUUUGGGCUGCUGAAGCGCCUGCUGGCAGUGCGCAGGGACGACCUGAAGGUGCUGGUGACGUCAGCCACGUUGGACGGCAACAAGUUCUCGGCGUUCUUCGGGCACUGCCCCGUGGUGGACGUGCCUGGCCGCCUGCACCCCGUGCAGCUGCUCUACAGUACGGACCGCCCCGCCAGCUACUUCCAGUCCGCCAUCGAGACCGCCAUUGACAUCCACAUGGGGUCAGAGCCUGGGGACAUUCUGGUGUUCCUGACGGGGCAGGACGAGAUAGAGCGCGCAGUGGCGGCCAUGGAGGAGCGCAUUCGCAGCAGCGACCACGGCCACUGCAUGGACGCGCUCAUCCUGCCGCUGCACGCCUCGCUGCCGCCCGAGCUGCAGGUGCGAGUGUUCAUGCCAGCGCCCGCGGGGUGUCGGCGCAUCAUAGUGGCUACGAAUGUGGCGGAGACAGCGGUGACGCUGGACGGCAUAGUGUUCGUGGUGGACCCGGGGCAUGUGAAGCAGAAGCAGUACGACCCCAACACGCAGCUCGCCGCUCUCACUAUCGUGCCCAUCAGCAGAGUGCAGGCUAUCCAGCGGGCGGGGCGGGCAGGGCGCACUCGGCCGGGCAAGUGCUACCGCCUGUACCCCAAGUCCGUGUUCGAGCAUGAGCUGCCACAUGCUACCGAGCCCGAAAUCUGUCGCUCCUCCCUCGCAGGCACGGUGCUGCACCUGAAGUCGCUCACGCGCCUGGAUGUAGCCCACAGGAAGCGGCGGGACGCGCAACGAGACAGCGACACACAAGCAGGAGAGGGGGGUUCAGCACGGGAGGAGGCAGGGGGCAUCGGGGAUGUGCUGUCAUUUGAGUUCCUGGACCCACCAUCGCCCUCGGCACUGGAGGACGCGCUGCUGCAGCUGUAUGCGCUGCGCUGCAUUGACGAGCGCGGGGCCAUCACCGCCACCGGCAGGGACGUGGCGCGCCUGCCGCUGGACCCCUCUCUGGGCGUCACGCUGCUGGCCGCCCGCUCGCUGAGCUGCCUGCCUGACGCCAUUGCCGUCGCUGCCAUGCUCUCUGCUGAUGUCAGCACGCCCUCAGGAGGAGGGAAGGAUGGGGGCAGGAGAGGAGGAGGGCGGGGAGGAGGUGGAGGGGGGAAUUUGGUGGCGCUGCCGGAUGGGGAGGGGUAUGGCGAUCACAUACGGUGGUUGCAGGUAUACCGUGGGUGGGAGGCGUCGGGGUUCCAGGCGUCGUGGUGCAAGCAACGAGGCCUGCAGCUCAGGUCCAUGAACUUUGCACGGGACGUGGCUCGCCAGCUCACUGCUGCUGUCCCCUCACACUCAUCCCGCACCACUUCCAAUCGCUCAUCCGCUCCCCCACCCACUUCCAAAGAGGGUAGAGACAUGAGAAGUGGCAAGGCAGACGGGGCAGGCGGGGUUGUGGAAGGCAGCAGGGACAGCUGGGCGGCACUGAGGCACGCUCUGACGGUGGGGUCGGCGAACAAGCUUGCACGGCGCAUGCGGCAGCACAAUGGGUAUAAGACGGUGCACGCUAAGUCACGCCUGGUUGAGGUGCACCCAGCGAGUGCAGCGCUGGCAGUGGAUGAGGAGGGGCUGCUGCCGGAGUGGGUGGUGUACCAGGAGAUAGUGGCCACCACGCGCGCCUUCAUGCGCUGCGUGUGCGCCGUGGACGAGCCCUGGGUGCAGCCGCUGCUGCCGCGCCUGCAUGAUGUGGACGUCACCCGCCUCAGUGGUGGAGACACGGCAGCUUCUGCGAAAGAGAAACAAGCCAAGGAAGAUUCAGCUGCACAAACAGCAGGUGUUGGCAAGGCAGCUCGAAGCACAGGAGGUUCGGCCGUUUCUGCUCCAGCUAAGGCUGCAACCGUGGAUGCAGCACGGGCCAGGUACCUUGCAAGGAAGAAGUCUAAGCUGGGGUAG